AUGGAGCCUCAGACAAAGAGAAUCAAGGUCGACUCAGUCCAAGAGGAGCCGAUGGCGACAAAAGGGAGGGUAAUUGAUUUGCUCCCCGCCGAACAGCUUCUGCGUGAGCUCUUGCUCGAAUGCGCACAGCAUUUCCCGGGCCUCGAGAUCUGGAUCACGGGUGGCUGGGUUCGUGACCGCUUGCUCGGCAUACCUUCCUCAGACCUCGAUUUUGCACUGAGCAACGUUACGGGAAGGAGAUUUGGCCAGUUACUAGAGGAUCUGUCUGCCAGAACAGAGAUUGAAGCCAACUAUCGCCAGAAAGCAGCUGCAAACGAUAAGAAGGCCAAGAAGCUAGAAACGGCCGGCGGGAAACUAUUUGGUCUGGAUAUCGACUUAGUAAAUCUCCGCAAAGAGGUCUACGACGGCCACAGCCGGACCCCUGAGAUGGAGUUUGGCACCCCAGAGGAAGAUGCUUUCCGACGCGAUGCUACGAUCAAUUCUCUAUUCUUUCAUCUGGGGAAGCAGGAAGUUGUCGAUCUCACGGGCAGAGGCCUCGAAGAUCUAGAUGCGAAAAUCAUGAGGACGCCUCUCGACCCGCGCCAAACCUUUAUGGACGAUCCACUACGCGUACUGCGGCUUAUUCGUGUUGGACUAUCCAAUUCAUCGCCAUGGCCAGCCACUUGGCCGCAGGCCUCUGGGCUUCUCGGCCGCCUCCUAAAGGACGACAGCAUUCUGUGCAAAAUGAUUCAAUAUGAGGCGAACGCCGAUUAUCUCUGGACCAUGGCUGCGUACACCCCAUUUGCUGGGCUACGACAGGCUAUGCUCCGACAGAUAGUCGACGAGGCGACGAUGGCCAUCCGAGCCCCCGCCAAGAUAUCUAAACUUUUUGAGAGCGCACUGAAGAAUUUCGAUUCGAUUCGUACCAUCGUGGACACCAUCGCCCUUCAAUCGGAGAAAUCUCCUCCGCGGAGCCGUAUAGGCAUGGCCAUUCGCUCCUGGGGCGCAACGUGGACCACGCAGGUAACGUACGUCAUGCUAGCCGAAGCCGUUUAUGCUGCGCAGACGUCGUCUUCACUAGUGACUUCGGGAAGCAGCCCCUCGUUGGACGAGCCGCUACUCACUAGGUACUCGGCCUUUGCCGGUUUCAAGGGUGGCCAAUUUCUCAAGACGGCACUUGAUGGCCUUUUGGCGUGGCAGUUCGAUCAUGCUGAGAGCGGGAUUGAGGACGCCAAAAUGUGGCUUCUUGAUCGGCGGGAGAGUUUGGGAAUCCCUUCAGGUGGUGGAUGGUAA